AGAAAUGACAACUACCAACCACCGUUUUUUACUUUUCGGUUGUCGUAUGCCUGUACCAAACUGAAAUUUCCAAAGUACUUAGUAAUAAGAUGGAAACUCCUCCUCCUAUCUCCAAUUCCAUGGCAGAAAAUUCAAUCCAGUAGCUCAGCUAGUAACCUGCUGCUACUGCUCCCUCUCAUAUUCUUUCUUUUUCAUCAACUAAUUCAUCUGCUCCAAAGAAGAUAACAGUGAUGUCGGCCAAAGAAAGCUUGGGCUUAGAGUACUGGCUUCAAUGGCAAGUUGCCGUGUGUGCUCUAAUCUUCAUCAUCCCUACUACUGUAGCUUUGAGGCUCAUCAAUAGGCAGCGAAAGGACACAGAGUAUCCUACCAAGUCCACUGAUCUGUGGGUCCCAUGUUGGCGAAAUCUCCAUCCUCUUUGGCUUCUCUUCUUCAGAGCUUUCGCCUUUGUUUCCAUGGCUUUCUUGCUUUAUCAGACUGUUUCCAACUUUGGCUUCUUCGUCUUCUUCUUCUACACACAGUGGACGUUUGCUUUGGUUGGGGUCUAUUUUGCUCUGGGAACCAUUAUAUCGGCGCGGGGAUGCUGGUUGUAUACAAGAAAUCCCCUCUCCCGGCGCGGGGAGAUAGAGAAAUUUCUUAAAACUGCGGCUGAAGAGAACAGCAGCAAUGGGGCAUCCUCUGAGCAACGACUUGGAUUUUGGGAAAACUUUAUGCAAAUUAUUUAUCAGACUAGUGCAGGUGCUGUUAUGCUGACAGAUAUUGUCUUUUGGUGUCUUUUGCUUCCAUUUAUGACGGGCGAGAACUUUAAGCUCACCCUGCUAAUUGGAUGCAUGCACUCUGUAAAUGCUAUUUUUCUUCUUCUUGAUUCAGUCCUGAACAAUCUUCAAUUUACAUGGUUUGGUAUCACAUAUUUUGUGCUGUGGAGCUGUUGUUAUAUUGUUUUCCAGUGGACUCUACACGCGUGCUGCUUAAAUUGGUGGCCGUAUCCUUUCUUGGAACUUAACACUCCAUGGGCACCUUUGUGGUAUCUUGGAUUGGCUGUGGUCCACAUCCCCUGUUACGGAAUAUAUGCUCUGCUUAUCAAAGCAAAAGGCCGACUGUUCUCGAGAAUGUUUCCACAGGCAUUUCUUAGUGGCAGGAUUGCAAUGGAGAAGAAGCAUACUUGAAGCAGAAUAUAAUUAAAAAGUACUCUAAUUCGAGGUUGUUGUAUGCAUAUACACGAAACCAUAUAUAAUUCCUUUUCUCAGUGACACGAUUGUACUAAACAAACUUCAUUAUUCGAAGAUUUAAGAGCAAGGGUUCUCCCUAAGUACUA